AUGGCUCCAACACCACCUUCGUCAUCACCGGCGGCGAAACCAGAAACUGAGCGCACGAGGAGGAGACGGCCACAACGACCGGCCGAGGACGAAGACGAGGAUGAGAGCUCUUCAGACGAGGAAUCCGGCGAUUCAGAAGGGUCUGAAGAUGACAGUGAGGAUGAACUACCAGCACGGCGCAGCAAAACCAACAGCAAUAUCAAGAACGGAAACAAAAACAUCAAAAGACCACCGCCCAGGCCACUGAACCCAAAAACAAACAGGAGCAGGACGAACCAGAAGUCGUCAGGGGCAACGACAGGCUCAUCAGCGCCAAGCUACGAGGACGCCGACGCCGCGGACAACACGUACCGGCAAAACAGCUACUCCUACCUCCCCACACCACCAUCCCAGCGGCAGCCCUCGCCCCUCCGCCAACAACAACGGCGCAACCCGGCGCCACAACAAGCAGGCCGGCCACCCAGGCCGGCAAGGCCGCGCACAGGCACCGCGCCGCCGGCGCCGGUGAUGGACCUCCCCGGCAGCGGGCCCGCGGCGGAGGACUCGUCCUACUCCUCCUCCUCGACCGCCUCCUCCGCCGGGCCCUGGAAGCCCUACGCACCGGGGUCGUCCGGCCGCGGCACGCCAUCGGCCAGGCCGUCAAUGCCGGGCACGUCGAGGCGCAGGACGGUCCGCGAGCCGGCCCGCGAGCCGACGCAGGCCAUCGUGCCCCGCGCGCCAAGGACGGUGGCCGCCGCGCCAAAGAUAGACGAGGAAGGGGGUGGCGACGUCGACGGCGACGGGGAGGAGGAUAAUGAGGUCGAGUUCGUGCCCAGGGGCCCGGCCUCCUCGCCGGGACUGCCAGCGGGAGGCAAGAAGGCCGCGCUGGCGGUGGAACUGAAGCUCAACCUGGAGAUCGAGAUCGAGCUGAAGGCUAGUAUCCACGGCGACGUCACGCUGGAGCUGUUCAACUAG